AUGGCAGAAUCUGCACUAUCACAACUAAGAGGCAGCACAAGCAGCAUGGAUAAACCACCCGAAUACACAGUCACUCAUGACUCCAGCAACAUCCUGUCUGAAGAUCAGUUCCAGUGUUCCAUCUGUCUGGAUGUGUUUACUGAUCCAGUCACCACCUCAUGUGGACACAACUUCUGCAGGAGCUGCCUUACACAACACUGGGAUAAGAGUCCACAAUGUCACUGUCCAUUAUGUAAAGAGAAAUUCACCAAGAGACCUGAACUCAAGAUCAAUACAACACUGAGGGAGGUUGCUGAUCACUUCAAGAAGAAGAGUGAAGUUGAUAAACCUGAGGUUCUUUGUGAUGCCUGCACUGGAGAGAAGCAGAAAGCUCUGAGAUCAUGUCUGGAUUGUGGUCUGAUGUUUUGUAAAUCUCAUCUAGAGCCUCAUCAUAACGUUCUAAAAUAUAAGAAGCACAAACUAAUAAAUCCUGUGAAGAACCUGGAGGACUACAGAUGUCAGAAACAUGAGAAACCUUACAUUAUUCCUAUAGAGGAGGAGAUUAAUAAUAAGAAGACUCAGCUGGGUCAGACACAGACGGAGGUGCAGCAGAUGAUCCAGGAUCGACUGAAGAAGAUUAAGGAGAUCAACCACUCAGUAGAGCUCAGCAAAGUGAGUAAAUAUAAUGUAGUACACUUUAACAAAGAAACAUUAAAAUAAUAAUAGUUAAAAUUCUUCUUCCUACAGAAAACUCUGGACAAAAAGCUCAGUAAAACUCUGAAUGAGAAGUUGAGAGAAACCGUCUCCACAGAACUGAAGAGGAUUCAGCAGUAUGCAGUGGACGUGACUCUGGAUGCUAAAACAGCACAUCCUAAUCUCAUUCUGUCUGAUGAUGGAAAACAAGUGAAACAUGGAAACAAAAAGAAGAAACUUCUUAACACCUCAAAAAGAUUCACGAGAUACAUUUUCAUUCUAGGAAAGCAGAGUUUCUCCUCAGGUAGAUUUUACUAUGAGGUGCAGGUCAGUGGGAAGGCCGAGUGGAAUUUAGGAGUCGCAAGAAAGUCUGUACACAGGAAAGAUGAGAUUACACUGAGACCACAGGAUGGAUUCUGGACUGUGGUUCUGAGGAAUGGGGAUGAUUAUGAGGCUGGUGCUAGUCCCCCUGUCCCUCUCUCUCUGAAAGAGAAACCUCAGAAGGUCGGAGUGUUUGUGGAUUAUGAGGAGGGUCUGGUCUCGUUUUAUGAUGUGGAGAACAGGGUUCAUAUCUACUCUUAUACUGGUCAGAUGUUCACUGAGAAACUCUAUCCAUACUUCUGUCCAUGUUUGAAUGAUGGAGGUAGAAACUCAGCACCACUCAUCAUCACUCCUGUAAUAAAGACUGAAUAAAAUGUAUUCAUCAUUAAAUUAUGAGACUAAUUAUACUUGUUAUG